AUGUUUUCUUACCUGAACUCAAGCACUCGUCACUUACUGAUCACUACACUGGUUCAGAGUCCGGGAAAAACGACCAUUGGCUGCAUUUUAAGCUCCAAGUGCGUGGCUACACAUUCAGGAGCAUCCGAGCUCCAGCUUCCAGAGGACUUGGGGACGCAAGCAGCCAUGUCCUUCCUACAGGAGAUAAAGCUGGGAGGAGUUGUAGAUUCAACUCACCAGGGGUUGCUGUUCAUCCUCUGUGCUCUGUGCCCGGAAGCUGUUUCCAAAGUCAGGGUCGGUAAGCUCUCUUCUUACGGUAUCAAGAUGCUGCAACACAUCAAAGAAUUCCUGGGAGUGCAGUUUAGUAUCAAGCCUGACCCGGCGACAGGCACGGUUCUACUUACGUGCAUUGGAAGUGGCUUCCAAAAUCUCUACAGGAAAGUUUCAUGAGUCACUGGGGCCAUAGCUUUAACAAAAGGAAAUUGAAUCAGUUACAUGGAACUUUUUCUUACCACGCUAGAAGCCAUCGGUCUUUUCAGCAGUGUGUCCACCCUCCUUGAUGUGCACAGCGAUUCGAGCUGCAGCCUCAAACUCCAGCCAGCCAUCCAUGACG